UUUGUCAGUCCGUACCACAGACAGGAUCAAAAUACAGGUCAGCUGUGUUUAUGUAAAGAAAAUCGUUGUUCGAGGCACUAGGGGUCGCGCAAAAAUAGGAGCUAAAUGCAGCAACUUCGAUUGUAUGGGCUCGCAGAAUUCCUCCGGUCGACGUAGAAUGUCUGAUCGAAAUGCAGGACAAAGAUCAGGUGCGGUAGGCGAUGGCGAUUCGUCUUCAGCCGCAGGAGGACGAGAGGAAGACCCUGAUUUGGCCACCAUUUUGUCAUAUUUAAUUCGAAGUGGCCAAGUCAGGAUCCUCCCCUCCACUGGGUUUGGUGCUGAUGAUGAUGAUGAUGAUGAAGAUGAUGAUGAUGAUUAUAUGAUUUCAUCACAAACGGCUGUUGUGCCAGAAGCUGAAGAAAAUCCUGACACAAACACCAUAGAUAGAAGUGAGUUUCGACAAGAGGUUCUCCUCCAGUCCGAGGGCUGUUUGAACUACAAUGGGGCCUUAUCUAAACCUUCUAUUGUAAACAUGGUGCAGAGGCGUGAAAUAGGAUUAAUGAACGGAAGCAAGAGUUUCACUAGGGCAGACUGUUGUGUGGCUAUGUCAAAAUAUCUUCCCAACCACAAGGACACAGUUGCUCAGUUCCAUAGCAAAGUUUUCUGUGGCACCUACUCUCAGGAUGGAGACAUAUUCCUCUCAGCCUGUCAAGAUCAGAAUAUAAGAAUAUUUGACACAUCCUGGGGCAAGUUUACUCUCAUGAAGUCAGUCAGGGCCAGAGAUGUGGGCUGGAGUGUGGUGGAUACAGCUUUUAGCCCUGAUGGGAAUUACCUGAUAUAUUCAAGCUGGUCUGACUGCAUCCAUCUAUGCAACAUUCAUGGAGAGCAUGAAGUCCAUGAAGCCUUACACUUGUUCCCAGAUGCUGGCCAUAGUUUUUGUGCUUUCUCUAUUGUUUUCUCUGCAGACAACAAGGAAAUCUUAGCUGGUUCUAAUGAUGGUGGUCUGUAUGUUUAUGAUCGAGAGAGCAACCAACGAUGUUUAAAGAUUACGGCUCAUGAAGAUGAUGUAAACUCUGUUGCCUUUGCUGAUACAUCGUCACAUAUCUUAUUCAGCGGGGGAGAUGAUGGACUAGUUAAGGUGUGGGACAGACGGACAUUAAGUGAGGCGACCCCUGUACCUGUGGGAACUCUGGCGGGACACUCAGACGGAAUCACAUUUAUAGACUCCAAAAAUGACUCCAGAUAUCUCUUAUCAAACUCUAAAGACCAGUCAAUCAAGCUAUGGGACAUGAGGAAGUUCUCUUCUGAUGAUGCAAUUAGGGGCACCAAGCGUGCUGUUGCCAGGCAGAACUGGGACUACAGGUGGCCUCCUGUGCCAGCGCGAGUGAAAAAAGUCAAGCACGUGGAGGGAGACAGCUCUCUGAUGACAUACCGCGGCCAUAGCGUGCUGCAUUCCCUGAUUCGUGCUCGGUUCUCUCCAGCCUAUACAACAGGCCAGCGCUAUAUCUACACAGGCUGUGCCAGUGGGGGUGUGGUCGUGUAUGAUGUCCUCACUGGUAAGGUGGUCAGCAGAUUGGACGGUCACCGUGGCUGUGUAAGAGAUGUGUCUUGGCACCCGUAUGAGCACACAAUUAUCAGCACAUCUUGGGACGGCUCUUUGGGCAAGUGGACAUAUAAUGGUAUGAAGAAUAUGCCACAUGACAUUGAUUCAGAUAGUGAUGAGAAUGCGAGUGAUGAUGAUGAUGAACGCUGUCCCAGAAGGAGCAAAAGACUAGCAUCCUUGACACGUAGACUUGACCGAAGGCGAUUACCUGUACAUGGAAUAUAAAUGCCUGAAUACCUCUUUCUUAUAUGUGUUAACAACGGAAAGAAAAAGGUGUGCUCAUGAGGGGUGGGGUAUUUAAAUAGAAAUAUAUAUGUGGAAUACACCAGAUCUGCAAUUGAACUGCCAUGCACCCUCAGUUGUAUACAGAUUUUUAAAAGACCACAUGGUUGAUAUUCAAGGCUUACUCACCAAAUGUUAUAUUCUAAC